AGUGAUUCGGUAGUUUCCGGAAAUAUUCGAUAUUUCUCGUAAGCUAUCGCCAUCUUGAAUCCAGGAACAAAGAACAAAUCAUUUUGAAAACACUGUCUUUCAUUCUAACUGUUUGCACAUUGCAUCAAAUCACUUCAAUUUACUACCGUGAAUAUGGCUGGGUUCAGAGGCGAAAACCCAAAGGGCAGAAUAUACGUUGGAAAUUUGCCACCGGACAUCAGAAAUCGGGACAUCGAGGAUUUAUUUUUCAAAUUUGGAACGAUCACGUUUAUCGACCUCAAAAAUCGCAAAGGACCACCAUUUGCAUUUGUGGAGUUUGAAGAUCCAAGAGAUGCUGAAGACGCUGUCCAUGCCCGUGAUGGUUACAAUUAUGAUGGCUACACUUUGAGGGUUGAAUUUCCCAGAGGGGCUGGUGGUUCGUUUGGAGGUGGGGGACCCCAACGUUCCUAUGGAGACAUGGGCAGGGGUCGUGGAGGCGGUGGUUACCAUGGCGAUGGUGGGGGUAGGGGAAGAGGCCGUGGAGGCCCACCCUCUAAAAGAUCUGACUACAGGUGUUUAGUUUCAGGUCUUCCACCAUCUGGUAGCUGGCAAGACUUGAAGGACCAUAUGCGAGAAGCUGGUGAUGUAUGUUAUGCAGAUGUUUACAAAGAUGGCACGGGUGUUGUGGAAUUCUUGCGCUUUGACGAUAUGAAAUAUGCAGCCCAACGAUUGGAUGAUUCAAAAUUCAAAUCUCAUGAGGGUGAAACCUCUUACGUUCGAGUGAAGGAAGAUUACAAAAAUCGAGGAGGUGGUGAACCUUCAAGCUCAUAUGGACGUCAUGAAAGAUCCAGAAGCCGAAGUUACUCACCCAGAAGACGUUCUCGCGGGUCCCCCAGAUACUCACCUUUCCCCUGAGGGAGAA